CACCGUCAGUACGAACGCGCCCGUUGGCUGUGCGCAUGCGUGAUUUGCGACCAUAUUGUCGUUGCUAUGGUGACGUGAUUGUAAUCAAAUAAACAUCCAAUAAGAAACUUGUGAAAAUUCAGAAAAAAGAAACAAAAUAGAUUGUAGUGAAGUGAUAAUUUUUUAUGUGUUGUCAUAAAAUUAUGACCUGAGGCGGUGUGGGUGUCAACUGGAGUCUUAGUGGACCAAGCCGAACCCUCGGAGCUUCUGUUUUGAUUGUGCUGGUGUCGAUAUGGGGUGGGAGUGGUGUUUAUUAGCCCUUUUGGGCAUCGUCGUUGCACAGGGUCCGGAGAAAAGACGGACAGGGAACGUUUGCAGCGUGGAUAUGGAUUGCCCUGACAAUGCGUUUUGCCGACAGAGCAGCUACUGUGUUUGCAAAGAUGGAUUCGUAUAUGCGGCUGUUAACAGCACACAUAAGGGUUGUUUGAAAGAGGGACGCUUCGGUGAGAGUUGCGCUCAGCAUAUUCAGUGCCACUCGACUAUGGGUGUGCACGCGCAGUGCUCGCCCAAUGGUCUAUGCGCGUGUAUGCCGAACGCGCACCUCGAAGACGAGAGAUGUUAUGAAACGGCGGUGGUCGGUGAACGGUGUCUUGUGGAUCAGAAUUGCUACCUGGGCCAAACGGGACCGGACCGCCAGGCGUUCUGUGUCCGCGGCUAUUGCACCUGCCAGCUACAAUACAGCCCACGGGACAAUGGUACCAGAUGCGUUCGCGACGCAACGUUGGGCGAGCCGUGUGAAGAUCAACUGCAGUGCGCCGGCGCAGGACUCCAGUGUCAAGGCACGUGCCGUUGCCGAGAACGCUGGGUCGCCAACAACCACACCAACUCGUGCGUCGAAGCGGUGAAAGCCCUGAACGACCCAUGCGAGUACGACGUGCAGUGUGCGGGGCUGGUGGGCGCGGGGGAUUCAAUGCCGGCGGCGAGCCUAGCGCUGUGCCUCGGCGGCACCUGCUCGUGUGCAUACAGCGCACACGCAGCCGGCUCCCCACCGCGCUGCUGGCCGCGCCGCCGUCCCGGCCAGGACUGCAGACGGGACGAGGAGUGCGUGUCAGAGGAAGAUGAACCGGGAUACUGUCUGUCCGGUCGCUGUACUUGCAAGACUUGUGCCCCGGAUGCAAGUGACUUCGGCGGCGCGAACACGCUCCCCCGUCCUACACUGCUCGCCGCCGCCAUCUUGUCGAUCGCCGCCAUUUUGCGACAAUGACCGCCAUACUAGUAACGAAAGGAAGCGUUAGUUAUUUUGUUGAUAAUUACAGAUUUUAUUAUCUGCGUGUGGAUGUAUCACGAGUCUUAAUCGAACUUGACCACGAAAACAUAAACGUAUUCGAGACAGAGUUAAAAUUUUCAGAACUGUAACAGUGGUUACCGCAAAUCAAUCAUCAAUUAAUAGUUCAAGACAUUUUGAAUAAUAUAUUAAAUAGGAUAGAAUAAAUUUGUAUUAAAUAAGGAAUAAACACCUCCUAAGAAUUUUACCAAGCACCUUAUGUAUAUUGUUGAUUGUUUAGAGAUAAAGUUCGUUGUUAAAUAAAAUAAAUGAAACACCGCUAUCAAGUACCUAUUUACAUUUUAUAAAAAAAAAAAAUUAGAACGACAAAUAAUCAAAAACAUUUAAAUUUAAAAUAAAAUCAGUUUAAAAUGACAAAUAAUUUUCUCACACAUUGUGCAACACAGUGGCGAUUUACAGUUUCCGUUAUGAUGAAAAAGAAUUUAAAUACAAUAGAAUUUCAAUUUAUUAAUACAUAAUAUCCAACGAUAUGUCCAUAUACAAAUAAGAAAAAUAUCAACCACUGACGAGAGAACGAAAUAUUUUUUUAAAUGAAUAUUAAACUUGGAUAAUAAAAUUUUGUGGACAAAACUAUACUAUAUACUAAAACAUUAAAAUACUUUUGUGUACUUUAUUUUGAAUAAUUGUGAAGAACCAAUUUUAGUAUUAUUAUAAUUUAACGUCGACUAUUUAAAAUUACUUGAUCGAAUGCAUGGAUAAUAUUCUUUUUUUUUUUAAAUAAUAUCUAAUUAUAGACGGUAUCUACAAUAUGGUCAUGAUUGAUGAAUUACUUAAUAAAAUAUAAAAUAAAAUACCUUAAUUCGCGUGAGCAGCUCUACAAAUUACACAAAUGAUAUCGUAAAAUCGAUAGCAAUAAAAUUGUAAAUCGGUAUUUGAGAAUCUGUAACACUAAGCACAAAGUAAUUUAUUAGGUUGUUAACUCGUUUGUAGAUUCAAAGUUUAUUGUAAGUUGUAAAUAAGUUGUUGAUAACUGUAAAUUUUUAAUAAGCAUAUAGUUUAUUUAAUCAGUUUUAUCUUCCGAUGAAUUAGACGCAGUAUUUUUGGAGUGCAAUUUUAUAUCUAUUUGUACAGACAGUAACGAAUGGGUAGAUUCUAUGCCAAAGAAGUGUACACAAGAUAAUGUGAGUUAUGUUGUAAAUAAAUAUUUAUUUUGGAGGACCA